CCUUAUCUGUACAAUGGGAAUCAUAACUCCUUCCUCUCGGUGUUCUUCAGAUUGAACAUGUGCACAGGACCUGUAACAUGCUAGGUGGUCGGCAAAACAUUUGUUAAACUGAUCGAAUGGACAGAGAGCAAAGAAAUAUUAGGACAACACUCACCUAGCUGUCCCAAAGGGCAGGGAGAGUGUUUGGUAAUGGACGCAGAACUCCUUUUAGAGUCGAAUGACAUGGUCAAAGGUCAGCCCCUCCUUCAGUUAAAAGCUGAGGGCAGGGCUUAAUAAGGAAGUGGCUCUCCUUCCCUAAGUCUCUUCAGCCCUGGUCCUAACCUGAAGAGGCCGCAGCCUGCAGCUCUGAACACAGGAGCCUUUCUAAAUGAGAAGCCAGGGAGGCCUGUUGAAAGUUUCCUCUUCAGUUUCGUGGAGAGAGACUCAGGUGUAGCAAUAUCCUGGCUGCCACCUGACCCGGAGCAGGAGAAACCACUGGCAGCUUCCAGACCAGGCCCAGCAUGUGCAGCACCAGCGCCUGUGACCUGGAAGAAAUCCCCCUGGACGACGAUGACCCAAACAGCGUGGAAUUCAGAAUCCUGGCCUACUACGUCAGACACCACGUCUUCAAGAGCACCCCUGCUGUCUUCUCGCCAAAGCUGCCGAGAACAAGAAGUCUGUCCCAGAAGGGUCUGGGGAGCUGGUCAGCUAACGAGUCAUGGACGCAGGUGUCAUGGCCUUGCAGAAACUCCCGAUCCAGUGAGAAACCCAUAAACCUCGCCAAGAAGAAGUCUUCCUGGAAAGCGCUCUUGGGACUAGUGGAGAAGGAGGAAGAAUCGCAGAGCUUGCCUGCAGGGAUCCAGCGUCAGGGGCUCAGAACAGCGGAAUUCCAGGGUGGCCGUCCCAGCCAGCAGUGGUCCAGGUCCCUUCCUAGCGUGGACCAGUGCUUAGAUCGCGAAGCGGCGGACCCCAGAGUUGUUUCCAUUGCCAACCGAGUUGCUGAAAUUGUUUAUUCCUGGCCACCACUAGACGCCCAGGGAGGUGGCGUCAAGUCCAGAGGGAAUUUGGAAUUCCAGGCUGUCUGCCUGGGGCGUGAAGGCCCCCAGCCUUUAGCUUCAAGUUCUAAGAAAGAUGAAGAAGACCAAGUAAUAGCCAAAAUUGUUGAGCUGCUGAAAUAUUCAGGGGAUCAGCUGGAAAGAGAGCUGAAGAAAGACAAGGCUUUGAUGAGCAGCUUCCCGGACGGGCUGCCCUACUCUGUUUUCAAGACCAUCACAGACCAGUGCCUACGGGGUGUGGACACCCGGGGAGAAUCCGAGGUCAAAGCUCAGGGCUUCAAGGCUGCCCUUGCGAUAGACGUGAUGGCCAAGCUCACAGCGGUCGACAACCACCCGAUGAACAGGGUGCUGGGCUUUGGGGCCAAGUACCUGAGGGAGAACUUCUCGCCCUGGGUCCAGCAGCAGGGCGGAUGGGAAAAAAUACUUGGGCUAUCACAUGAAGAAAUAGACUGAAAUGUUGGCUUUGUCAUCUGGAAUACUCAUUGUCCGACUGUGGCCCUGUGCACACUGCUCUCGGUAAGGACUACAGGAGAAAAUUAAAACGUAUAAGGCAGAUGGAGCAUUGAAGUUUUCAAAACCAUCAUUUCUGCAACCCAAGAGGCGUCAGGAGAGGCCCUGUUCGUGGAAUGUGGCAGCGCGCUCCUUAACGUUGAUGUGUCUCAGGUCUUCCAUUGCGUGUAUGAGGAAGGCUGUGAAAAGUGGCCAUUUUCCUUUCAAAUGUUCAGAGCAGAAACUGUCACCCUGCCUGUGUGAGCUACUUUAGGGAAAGUGUGUUACAGAUGUCUGCUGACCUCAUGAGGGUGAAAUGUGCAUGUGCUCACUCUUCGGUUUCUAGUACUAUUUAUUUUUAAACUACAACUUGGGACGGCCUAAUCAUGACACCGUUUCAAGCCUACCUUUAGGAAGAUGUUGCUAUUUGUGUCAGUAGGCACAGCUUAAAGAAACUCUUAAAUUGACUGCUACAUCCACUAGUUUGGGGAGGGAGGUGACUUUUUGACUCACUUCUCUUGGAAAAAGUCUUCAUCAGUUUGAAAAACUUCCAUGUGGUGCAAAACUAUCAUUCCAACCACCCUCACUCUCUUCUCAGUGGCCACACCUGUCCUUCCCAAGGUCUCUGGUACUUUCCCGAUUAUUCUUUGUGGUCAUGUAAUGAUUGCUAGCUGGUAAAAUAAAUACAUAGAAAGACUACUGA